CAGUCCUCCACCCACCCACCUUGUUUUCGGUCGAUGACAGCGAUCCUCCACCACACAGGACGCCCCCCAACCUUCCAUCUCACUCCAUCUUCCUCUUUACUUUCCGUCCAUCUAUUGGUUUUCUCCUCCCUCAUCGUCACUGCCUUCCCAAUAUGGGUUCUGAUCUUUCCCCCGACGUCCUCAAUUCUACCAAGCCCCUCCCUUUACCUGCUCAAGAAGAUGACCCUCCUUCCGCGGCUCUCCUCUCCUUCAACACCGAUUCUUCUUCUCCCUCCGACUUCAAUUCUCGCAAACCCUCCUAUUCCAUCAUCUUCAUCUCCCUCACCCUCAUCUCCUGCAUCGCUUUCUCCGCCGCCGCCGCCUUCGCCUUCCUUUUCUUCUCCGCUGCUUCCUCCUCCUCAACCCCCACCAACCACUCCACUUCCUCCUUCUCUGCGCCGAAAGCUCGUCCUCUCCAGAAGCUCAAUCACUCCGUCGUUCUCUUGAUCUCUUCCGAUGGUUUUCGAUUCGGCUACCAAUUCAAGACUUCCACGCCCAAUAUUCACCGUCUAAUUGCCAACGGAACCGAAGCCGAUGCCGGUUUGAUCCCUGUUUUUCCCUCUCUCACUUUCCCCAAUCAUUACUCUAUCGUGACGGGUCUCUACCCUGCCUAUCAUGGCAUCAUCAACAACUUUUUUUUGGAUCCUCAAACUGGUGAAGCUUUCACGAUGGCUAGCCACGAACCCAAGUGGUGGCUGGGCGAGCCCUUGUGGGAGACCGUGGUCAACAACGGAUUAAAAGCCGCGACAUAUUUCUGGCCUGGCUCUGAGGUAAAUAAAGGUUCUUGGACUUGCCCUGUCGAGUAUUGUAGGAACUACAAUGGUUCUGUUCCGUUUGAGGAAAGAGUGGAUGCCGUAUUGAAGUAUUUUGAUUUGCCUGGCGCUGAUAUUCCUUCAUUUAUGACACUUUAUUUUGAGGAUCCCGAUCAUCAGGGUCACAAGGUUGGUCCCGAUGAUCCAGAGAUCACUGAAGCGGUUGCUGGGAUUGAUAGGAUGAUCGGGAGGUUAAUUAGAGGGUUGGAACAAAGGGGAAUUUUUGAAGAUGUUAAUAUUAUUAUGGUGGGUGAUCAUGGGAUGGUUGGUACAUGUGACAAGAAGCUAAUUGUCUUAGAUGAUUUGGCUCCCUGGAUUGAGAUUCCAGCUAGUUGGGUCCAGUCAUACACUCCAUUGCUUGCAAUUCGCCCACCUCCUGGUAUUGACCCGUCAAAUGUUGUCUCUAAGAUUAAUGAAGGGUUGAAAUCCGGGAAAGUGGAAAAUGGGAAAUAUUUAAGUGCGUAUCUCAAGGAGGAUCUGCCUGGCCGGCUUCAUUAUGCUGCGAGUGAUAGGAUUCCGCCAAUAGUUGGCUUGAUUGAAGAAGCCUUCAAGGUAGAGCAAAAAAGAACAAACCGCAAAGAGUGUGGCGGUUCGCAUGGUUACGAUAACUCAAUUUUCUCAAUGAGGAGCAUUUUUAUUGGACACGGUCCUCAAUUUGCAAGAGGGAGGAAAAUCCCAUCGUUUGAGAAUGUUGAGAUUUAUAAUUUGAUCACUUCUAUUCUCAAGAUUAGGGGCGCGCCAACUAAUGGUUCUGCCUCAUUUGCCGAGUCAGUUCUUUUGCCUGGGGCAUAAACAUGUACUAGUUGGCAAAAUAGCUGAUUGGGAACUAAGCUGCAUGAUGACGUGUUCUCUUGGAUGGAUGGAUGCUCAGAUGUCAGAAUUAUGAACAUGAUGAGGUGUUUUCAAUUCAUGUUUUCAAGGGAAUAGGCAUCAUAUACCUAGGCUAGGGAUCCCUGAGAGAGUCUUACAUGUAGAGUUACUCGUAAUUUCUUCCAUCAAUUAGGUUAGAAUUGCAUUAAUGCUGAAAUGCUCAAGUAGUGGCCAAGCUUAGCUUCAACGCUUCUGAGCACGCAAGUAAUAUACUCUCCCAGAAUUUUGAUUUUAUUGGGAUAGAGUGAGGCCACCAUUUGGAUGUCAAACCCUCUCAUGCUCCAUCGUAUGAUCUUCUGUCAAAGCCCUUGUUAAUUGCAGAUUAUGUUUUUGCC